CCAUAUAGGUGGGGGGAUCGGUGGUAGCCAACACGCCCGCAGAAGAUAGAAGAUGGCGAUGCCGGCAGCAGCGUUGACGGUGUUGCUGUUGCAGCUCUGCUUCUCGGCCACGGCAGUGGCUCAGGUCACCGGAGCUGCGCCGGGCUGCCCGACCAUCUGCGCGGGCGUGAGUGUGCCGUACCCAUUCGGCGUCAGGGAGGGGUGCUACUUGCCGGGCUUCAACCUCACCUGCGACCGGGCGCUCGGCCGAGAGCGGCUGCUCAUCGGCGGCGCCGGCGGCACCCUCGAGGUCGCUGAGAUCUCGCUGGCCAACUCCAUGGUGCGCGUCAUGGACACCGCUGGCGCCGUGAAGCUCACAGGCAGCGGGAACGGCACUGGCCUCGCGAGGCUCGCGUCCAGCGGCCAGUGGGGCGGGCUCGGCGCCGACGCCUUCGCCGGCCCGUUCGUGGUGUCGGGGACGCGCAACCGGUUGGUGGUCACGGGAUGCAACCAGCAGGCCACGCUGCUCGGGGAAGGCGGCAACGUCAUCGUCGGUUGCUCCGCCUUCUGCCCCGUCACCGACACGUUCCUGAGCACGAUCUCCCCGGAGGAGGUCGCCGCGUGCGCCGGUGUAGGCUGCUGCGAGACGCCCAUCCCCAUCGGCCGCCCUUCCUACAGCGUGCAGCUCGCGGGGCUGGACCUGAACCAGGAGAUGGACCUCCAGCUGCCUAUCGCGGUGCGCAUCGCCGAGACUGGCUGGUUCGAGGGCAACUCCGCCGGGCUGCUCAACAAGUCGCUCCAGGACUCCUCCAGCACGACGGCGAUCUCCGUGGUGCUGGAGUGGGCGGUGGAGUCCAAGCGGCUCCUGCAACCCCAGGAUACAGCGACGGGCUGCCCACAGGAGGCGGCGAGGAGCGUGUGCCGGAGCAGCCGCAGCACAUGCCUCAACGUCACCAACAGCUACCGCACUGGCUACGUGUGCCAUUGCGAGGAGGGCUACGAGGGCAACCCAUACCUCGCCGGCGCCGGCGGAUGCCAAGACGUCGACGAGUGCGCGAUGCCCGGCAAGUUCAUGUGCUCCGGCGUGUGCACCAACACGCCGGGAGCGUACCAGUGCCGGUGCCCGCCCGGCUCCCGUGGCAAUCCCCGGAUCAAAGAUGGCUGCGUGAAAUCAUCUCUAGGUCUGGGUGUCGGCAUAGGAAUCGGCUGUGGUGCUGGCCUUCUGCUCCUGGUACUUGGUGUCUUUUUUUUGAGCCGGACGCUGAAUCAGCAGAGGGCAAAAGUACUGAAGAAGAAAUUCUUCAGGCAAAACAGGGGACAUCUGCUGCAGCAAUUGGUGUCGCAGAAGGCGGACAUCGCUGAGAGGAUGAUCAUCCCCUUGGUGGAGCUGGAGAAGGCCACCAACAACUUUGACAAAGCUCGCGAGAUCGGCGGUGGAGGGCAUGGCACGGUGUACAAAGGGAUCAUGUCCGACCUGCACGUUGUGGCGAUCAAAAAGUCCAAGGUCGUCGUCCAGAGGGAGAUUGACGAGUUCAUCAACGAGGUAGCAAUCCUCUCGCAGAUCAACCAUCGACAUGUGGUGAAGCUCUUCGGGUGCUGCCUCGAGACGGAGGUGCCAUUGUUGGUGUAUGAGUUCAUCUCUAAUGGGACCCUUUAUCAUCAUCUUCAUGUGGAAGAGCCUGAAGCAUCGUUGCCAUGGGUGGAGCGCCUGAGAAUUGCCACGGAGACUGCGAGAGCUUUCGCGUACCUUCACUCAGCCGUGUCAAUCCCUAUAGUCCACAGGGAUAUCAAAUCUCAGAACAUCCUAUUAGAUGGCACUCUCAUAGCAAAGGUGUCAGACUUUGGAGCUUCGAGGUGCAUUCCGAUCGAUGAAACAGGGGACGCAACUGCCAUCCAAGGGACAUUUGGGUAUCUAGACCCCAUGUACUACUACUCCGGACAACUUACCGAGAAGAGUGAUGUUUAUAGCUUUGGCGUUCUCCUCAUGGAGCUGCUAACGAGGAAAAAACCGUGCUCAUAUCGAUCGUCUGAGGAGAAAAGCCUUGUUGCAUAUUUCACCGCCUUGCUCGCGACAGGCGACCUCGCCAGUUUGUUAGAUCCUCAGGUUGCGCAGGAAGGAGGCAAGAUGGUUGAAGAGGUAGCUCUAUUGGCAGCGGCAUGCGUGAGGAUGGAAGGGGGCCAACGGCCAACCAUGAGGCAAGUGGAGAUGGCACUCGAGAACCUUCGAGUACCCCAUGAAAAUGUCGUGAUGUCUGAUAUGGAUGCACCAAGUUAUGCAAUGAUCGAAGGUGGAAGAAUGGAGGAGGUGAGCAGACAAUAUAGCCAAGAAGAAGAAUAUUUGUUGUCAUCAAGAUACCCGAGGUAGUGACUGUGUUCCUGUGUGAUAUGCACAUGGAUCAAAUGGCUUGUAUGCUUUAUGUUUUUUUUUCUUUUUCAUUAAGGAAAUAGUGAGGCUUGUAUACAGCAAAGAAGACAAGCAGGAGUAGUAGCAUGAUGAAUGCAAGAAAAAAAAAGAAUAGGAAAGAUAAGACCAUUGGAUGGCAACGAAGGGACGUUGAUCGGGUCAGUCAAUACAUGCAUGCAUGCGGCCAACUGGUUGUGUGCAAGUUGUGACUAGUCUAUGCUAACCGAUUGUCGUUGUCCUAUGCCCUUGAUUGGGGUGGCAAUAUUACAGGCCCAAAACAGAGAGACGACGCGGGACUUGCAUAGUAAAGUCGAUGCAUACACCUUGUGAUUGGAUAGAUAGAUAUGAGUUGCUUAAUUAGGAUUCUCUAUCAAGUGGUAGCAAGAGGCCAUGAGUAAGCAGUAGCACACACUUGCAUAUACUCACAUCGACUCAUCUAUAUAUAUGUAUAUAUAUACUAUAUCACUAAGCUCCCUAGGAUUGAAAGCCUCACAAUUAAUUAAGGUCUCCAAUUGGAAUUUGGUCACCCUAUUUUAAUCGGGUCAACAAUUUCUCAAAACUCUCUUAUUUAAUUUUUUACACAAUAUAUUAUGCUUCCUAAUUUUUAAAUCUUUAUAAUUAAUUGAGGCUUCAAUUUAGAAUUGGUCCACCAGAUUUUGACUGGGUCAACAAUAUCUCAAGGAGCUCUCCCAUUUAAUUAUUUUAGCUCUCUAUGUUCCCUAAUUUUAAAGCUCAUUUAUUCGAUUGAGGUAUUCAAUUCUGGAUUUGGUAUGCGAUUUUGAUCGGUCAACGAUUUUUCAAAUGAAUCAGUAGUAACCGGCCUAUAAAACAUGUAUCAACUCCUCACCAACUCCUAUCACCCAGAAAAAAGCGCCACCAUGUGAUACUAUAGCACGAAUAUAGUACAUGCAACCAACGAUGAAAAAAUAUCCCCACAUAAAUAUGGGUUGAUUAGCGGAGAACACAAAAUCGCACCGCGAAAGGCCCACCAAAUAACCGCAU